UAUCAAUGUUGCCAACUUUGUGCGGUUAACUUCGUGACAGUUAUCUGACAGCUGUCAUUUAAAGAAAAUAGUUAUAAAUUUUAGAAAAUUUGCAAUGGCAUUAAUAAUGCUGCGUAGUAGGGCCUUAACUUUAUGCUCUAAUAAUUUAAAAUGGACUUCAGCAACCAUUUCCACAAGUGCCCCAACUUUUUCAGAUGAUGUUAAUAAGGCAGUUAAGCAAAAAGAACCAAAGCAAGUGGAAAAUAAUAUUGCUUUAUUAAACCCUGAUGAAGUUGAGCAUAAACAAAAAAUGAAAGGUUAUAUAACAGUCGAAGGAGCUCCCGAUGUUUCACUGAUCUCUGGCAUUCCUGAGGAACAUAUUAAAGGCCGUAGGGUUAGAAUUUACGAACCACCUAAAAAUGCCAUGCAAAGUGGUACAAACAACAUUGGACACUGGGAAAUGGAAUUUGAUAACCGUGAAAGAUGGGAGAACCCCCUUAUGGGGUGGGCAUCAACUGGUGAUCCGCUAUCAAACAUGAAAAUCCAAUUUUCCACCAAAGAAGAUGCCAUGGAUUAUUGUGCUAAAAAUGGUUGGGAAUAUUUUGUUCAAGAAAGUUCCCACGAUAAGCCUUUCAAACCAAAAAAUUAUGGAAUCAAUUUUUCGUGGAACAAGCGCACUCGCACCUCCACCAAAUAAAUUAACCAUCAGAAAUUGUAAAUAAUAAAGCGUUUUAAUUAAAGUAA